UUUUCUAUCACAACAGCUUAGCAGAGAAGUCUGGUACUCGUACUCAUUUGAUGAUGAGUGCCAUUGCAGUCCAGUCUGUGAAAAUGGUGACAGCUAACAUGUUGCUGAGUGUCUUCUUUGUUUCAGGUGCUCUGGCUUGUUACAGUCCAUCCCUACACAUUACUGCACCAAAGAACAUGGAAGCACUGAAUGGAUCUUGUCUGCUAAUCCCAUGUAACUUUAGUGCUAAAUCAGACACAGAAUUCAACAAUGCAAGAACAACCUUCGGAGUGUGGUUUAGAAAAAAUGUGAUUUUCAACAGUAGCAUGGUGAAUAAUAGCUAUCCAAUGAAUAUUACUGGAGACCUGAGUCAGAAAAACUGCACCACUUUAUUUUCCCGUUUAAUCACAAGUUACACAGACACAUACUACUUCAGGAUUGAGAACAGGCCAUUUCUGGCAACAGCUGUUUAUGAUCCUCUUCAAAUAACAGUUAAAGAUUUCCCCCCGAGCCCCAGAAUUGAGAUCUCAGGUGAUCUGAAGGAGAAGGAGUCUGUCGCUAUAAGCUGCUCAGCUUCCACUCCCUGUCCACACUCCCCUCCUAAACUCACCUGGAAUCUCCAACAAGACCCUCCCAACAACAUAGAGGAGAACACAGAUCAGACCUUCACAACUAAAAUCCAGAAGACCAUCACUCUGUCAGACACACAUGAUGGAUUCACCAUCAGCUUUUCUUCCACAUAUCCUGUGAAUGAAGGAAGAGAAGUCAAGACAGUAGAGGAGAGAAAGACUCUCAAUGUUUCAUAUGCUCCCAAGAACACCUCAGUGUCCAUCAGUCCAUCAGGUUUGGUGUCAGCAGGUAGCUGGGUGAACCUGACCUGCUCCAGCAGAGCCAAGCCUCCCGCCAGCUUCAGCUGGUUCAAGAACAGCAAAGAUGGAGCCAUCAGUGUAGCUGAAGGAGACUUUUACAGCGUCAAAGUGACCAGUGUGACAGAUAUAGAAGAUUAUUACUGUGUGGCCACAAAUUAUCUCGGUAAUCAACAACAUUACGGAUGA